AUGACCACUAGAGCUCUACGUCUCGUACCAUGGGGCUUGGAUGACACGACAAUCGUCAUUGCUUGGGUUCUCGCUAUCUUGUUCUUCGCUUCUGGUAUCGUUGAAGCUGAUCUAGGGGUUGGCAAACCAUACUGGGCCCUAGAGUUCUGGCAGAUCGAUGGAAGCUUCAUUGUGUUCUUCGCCUUCGAAGCGGUUUACAACCUAUGCCUCGGGAUGAUCAAGAUUUCGAUAUGCUUCUUCUACAUGCUGAUAUUCCAGAGCCCCGGUUUUCAACGGGUGAUGUGGGGCACGCAGAUAUUCAACGUGCUUACCAUAGCUUGUUUCUUUUUCGUCGGCUGGGCCCAAUGUCGUCCACUUUGGUACUUUUGGAAGGGCUGGAGCGGAGAAUACGAGGGUACUUGCUUCGAUAUCAAUGCCUUUGCAUAUGGCCAUGCGGCUGUUAACAUCGCCAUCGACGUUUGGAUGCUCAUCUUGCCAGGGACUCAAGUUUGGAGACUGAACAUGACCUUCAAGAGGAAGUUGGCAGUAACUCUGAUGUUUGCCUGCGGUUUCCUCUUGACAGCAAUCAGUAUCACCCGCCUUACAUACAUCAUCGGCUUCUUCGGGAACUGGGCGAAGUCAACUGAUGCCCAAGGACUCUACAACGCGGCUGUGUGGACAACAGUCGAGCUGACGACGGGGUUGAUAGUCGCUUGUCUACCGGCCUCGCGAAUCAUCGUCACCAAAUACGUCGUCAAGGUGUUGGACUCAACGGGGUUGUCAAGGUCAUCGAGGAAGAGCCAAUUGCCCUCCUCGCCGGAAAAUAGCAACCGGCCCAGCAACAGAGGCUCGGGCAGAGCAAAUGGUAUGCUGACAUCGAAAUUCUGGCUCCCCGUCACCUCGAUAGUGGGAAGCACUGCAACCACCGCAAACGACACUCGGUUGGAAAGUACAAGGCACGUUCAUGAUGCCGACGGUGAAUCCAACAUGGAAUUGGUCAGCGUCAGGUCGCAUGCAGUUCACGACACCGACGCCGCAGCAGACUUGUCCAGGCGACCAAGUCAGCUUGGCGAGAAGCGUCAGACGACUGAGAAUGUUUAG